AUAAAUGUCGUGACGUUAGUUAAGAACAUGCUCGUUGCUCGGUAUUCGGAUCAAUAGUGUGUUAUCAACGCAGCUGUGUAGGUGUUUACAUGCGCGCAGCAUUUAGUACUCGCGAAGCGGCGCUUCAAUGAGGCCGUCUCCAUUGAUAACGUCGCGUCGCACUACUGCGCUGUGUUCCAUUAAGGAAAUGUGAACAAUGCCCCUUCCUGAUCUACUUAGGCGAGCUUCGAGCUAUUUUCUCGGCAUCGACUUCGACGACGAGGACCCACCUGAUUACGUCGACAACGAAAUACUAUUCUGUAAGAAUAACGUUUGCGUCCAUCCUCCAACGAUCGCGAGGCACGAAUUAGAUAUCAUACAUCACCCCGGCUACUUGACUAUCACGACUAAAGUGUUUACCGAUCAGCACAAUAACGCUAAACGUCCGACUUUGUUUUUGAAUUGGAUUCCGAACUCUACCCUUCGAAAAUGUCCGUCUGCGGUUGAAACCAGUCCUAGCGAUGAGCUCGGCUGUGUUGUCAACAAACCGACCGCUCCGAGGCAAAUACCUUACACACAAUCGCACAACGAUUCGAACAUAUCGAUAAAGAAUGACAUUGAAAAUGCAUUCUCUGAUUCGUCGGAGACGACAAGCCUCAAUUCUAAUUCUGAUAAACAGAGCCUAAAGUCUACCGACACUAGGUACACGCCGAACGAUACGACGCAAGACGAGCUAUCUUCCAGCUCUAAGCCAACAGUAAAAUCAAUUGAUUCAGGAAAAGACAACGUGUUCAGCAGCUUCGAGAAGGAAGAAUUGAAGAACGACGUGUUUAUAUAUGAUAAACACGUGAGAUCUCAGUCUAUGACCUCUGUGAACAUUACAAUCGCUAAUCCGACUAUAGAAAACGUUGAUCUGACCCCUGAUUCGCUGUCGAGCGACAGGUAUAUUAGGUCGCUAUCGCUUAGCUCGUGUGACGAAGGUAAUCCUAAUUGGAUGAGCACCCCCGAGUUCUUGGCGCUGAAACACAAUUUGGUGUUUCCCGACAGCGUUCAUAGCUCGCCGGUCCCACAGAGGCGAGCUCCGUUGAAAUGUCGAAGAUUUUCAGUAGAUCUCUCCCAGAUGCGUUCUCUGCGAUUGUUUUUCAAUGACGACAACUGCACGUGUGGGCAGUUGGUAGUGGCAUCCCGAGAGUCUCAGUACAAGAUUUUGCAUUUCCAUCACGGAGGCUUGGAUCAUCUGGCGCAGGUUCUACACCGAUGGCAUUCGCUGUUACACAAUAUAAAACUUACGCCAGGGUCCGAGGAACCGAAUAUGCCGUACCGACAUUUCAUGGUGUGCCGUCCGGAAGUGCAAAAGUCAGAGCAGCAUCCGGAGGAAGGGAAAUUGCCAAAGAUAACACCAGAACUGUUCUACGGGAAACUCAUGAACGGCAAAGGGGUUAUCGAAGACGAUCUUUUCUUAAGGAAAUGCAUCUUCUUCGGAGGUUUAGAUAAAGAGCUGAGACGCGAAGUCUGGCCUUUCCUGUUACACUGCUAUCCGUAUAACUCGACGUAUGAAGAGAGGGAAAUUAUCUUACAAAUAAGAACGAAAGAUUACGAAGAAAUAACGAGGCGUAGACUUGAAAGGAUGACUCCGGAUCAGCACGUCAUGUUUAGGAAAACAAUACAAUGCGUCGUCGAGAAGGAUGUAGUGCGGACUGACAGAGGAAAUCCUUUCUUCGCCGGCGAAAAUAAUUACAACGUUGAGAUAAUGAAGAAUAUAUUACUGAACUAUGCCGUAUAUAAUCCAGUAUUAGGUUACACGCAAGGUAUGAGUGACCUAUUGGCGCCGGUUCUGUGUGAAAUAAAGUGCGAAGCGGAGGCUUUCUGGUGUUUCGUUGGUCUCAUGCAGCGAGCUAUAUUCGUUUGUACGCCCACGGAUAAUGACAUGGACAAUAACCUUAGUUUUCUCCGUGAAUUGAUCAGAAUAAUGUUACCUCACUUCUACAAGCAUUUGGAGAAACACGUUGACGCAAUGGAAUUACUAUUUUGUCACCGGUGGAUACUUUUAUGUUUCAAACGCGAAUUCACCGAGGCCGUAGCCCUUCGUAUGUGGGAGGCUUGCUGGGCCAACUAUCAGACGGAUUACUUUCAUCUGUUCCUGUGCUUGGCUAUUGUAGCCGUUUACGCUGAUGACGUCAUAGCACAAGAUCUCAAUACCGACGAAAUGCUGUUGCAUUUUAGUUCUUUAGCCAUGUACAUGGAUGGGCGUUUGAUACUUCGCAAAGCUCGUGGUCUGCUUUACCAGUUCAGGCAGUUAGUAAGGAUCCCUUGUACCCUCGCUGGAAUGUGCCAACGAUGUGGCCCUGGCAUUUGGGAUUCCACACAUCGGCCUAGCGUAGAGUGCACUGGGGCUCACGAUAUAUGCAAAUUUGAUGUACAGUGAGAAUUUGGGUAACGAUAUGUAAAUUAAACAUUGUUUUAGGUUUUUUUUUA